GAAACUUUGAUAUAUAUAUCAAUAACGGUUGUGGAUUCAGAAUAUGGAGUGGAUGAGUACCAUGUCAAGAGCAGGUCCUUGCCUCUAUCUACCCUUAUUGACAUUCUUAAGCAAAAAACUGGCAAGGAUGACAUUGAUGUUGGUAAGAUCAGGCCAGCUCUUUUUGAUGUCUUUGGAGAAGAUUCCAGUCCUAAGGUGAAGAAGUUCAUGAAUGUCAUUCUUAAUAAACUGCAUUAUCAAGGUGAAGAAGGGGGUGGAGGCGGUGGCUUUAUGGGCAUGGUUAGCGGAUUGGCUGUCGAUUUCCUAAAGAAUAAGCUUGAGCAAAACGAUGAUGGUGACAGUAAUUUGAAACCUGCUCUCGAGACAGAGGUGGGGAGUAAGCAAGAGGUCUAUGCAAGCAGUGCUUCUGCACUCGGCCUACAAAUAAUUAAGGCCCAUAAUUUCUUAAGAAAAAGCAGUAGUAUAUACUAGUAUGCAUAUUUAAUAGGAAUUCAAGAGCCCAACUAAAAAAUAGGAGUAGUAAUAAAGAAAGAACUAAAAGGUCCUUAUGUACAUGUAUCAAAGCUCGACUGCCCAAAUUUCCAACUCCCAAGCAUCAAACCCACAAAUCCCACAGAAAAGAAAGUGGGCUAUGCAACAAAUCUUCACACUUCAGAGCUUCUGGCCAAGUUUUUUCAAUAAAUCAAGAAACACAAUCGGACCUUUAAGUUAUUUUCUUAGAAUCUUCUAUUCUUCAUCUUCAUUCUUCUUAAUUACUUGAUCAACCGAGAAGACUGGGUGCUCGGCCAAACAGGGACUUUAUAGACUAGAGACGGCCCUGAAGCUAAGUGGUGUCGCCUUCAUCCAUUCAUUCAUGACGAUUAAGAAGCUAAGGAAGCUGCCUUUGGCCAUUCAUACCACACAUCAUACCAACCUGCCAGGUUGCUAUUUAUAGACAGAACUGUCCCAAAGGACAGAUGUCUGCAAAUUUAUGAUUUGAAUCCCUGAAUUGGUGGGUUUAGAUCCUAC